AUAUCUCUGUCCUUUCGUUCGUCCUCAGUGCAGGAUAACGAAGCAGUAGAGUUAUAUUUAUACUGAAACAGCGUUAAGAUCUUGCCAAGCUAUCUUUUAAUUUCUUUAUUCAUUCGUGAGAGGGUGACCCGAAACACACCGAGCGAGGCUUUGACAAUCACAGUAAGGAUGGAGACCUUAAUUCGCCGCUGCCCGUUCCUGUCCCACGUGCCCCAGUCCUUCCUCCAGCAGGCCCGGAAGUCCCUGGUGGUCUAUGCCCAGAAGUGUCCUGUGAUGAUGAACCUGGCCUCCAAGCCUCUGGCCCGCUCUCUCUGCUCCUCCUCAGCUAGCUUGCAGAAGACUGAGGACACCGUGACUUCAGCCCAGACACCAGGAGCCAAUGGGGGCACUACCACCAAGUUGCCUCAGAGCCACCCCAUGCCCCCCUCUGGCCAGGCCUCGGGGACCUCAAAGUGCCCCUUCCUGGCGGCUGAGAUGGGCCAGAACAGCGGUGUGGUGCGCCAGGCCAGCAUCCAGCUGCAGGAGGACGUGCAGGAGAUCCGCACCGUCCAGAAAGAUGUGACCCCAGCCCAGGUCCUGGCUAGCUCCUCUGGUCCGGUCAACACCUCCAAUCUGAUGAAGAAGCUGCUGAAGCAACGGCCAAUCAGAGUUUCCCAACUGCUGCAGGAGAACAUGCCCAGCUUCUCUAACUUCCACUACGAUGAGUUCUUUGAGAGGAAGAUUGAGGAGAAGAAGAGUGACCACACGUACCGUGUCUUUAAGACGGUUAACCGGCGGGCCACGGACUUCCCCAUGGGUGACGACUACACCGAUUCCCUUAGCAACAGGAGAGAUGUGUCUGUGUGGUGCUCCAAUGACUACCUGGGCAUGAGCAGGCACCCACGGGUCGUCAACUCCAUCACGGAGACGCUGCAUAAGCACGGCAGUGGUGCCGGAGGAACCAGGAACAUCUCUGGGACCAGUAAGUUCCACGUGGAACUGGAGCAGGAACUCGCAGACCUCCACAGGAAGGACGCUGCGCUCCUCUUCACUUCCUGCUUCGUAGCCAAUGACUCCACCUUGUUCACGCUGGCCAAGAUGAUGCCAGGCUGUGAGAUCUACUCUGAUGCAGGGAAUCACGCCUCCAUGAUCCAAGGCAUCAGGAACAGCGGAGCCAAGAAGUUCGUCUUCCGUCACAAUGACCCCGACCAUUUGAGAGAGCUGCUGCUGAAGUCAGACCCCUCCUCUCCAAAGAUCGUGGCCUUCGAGACGGUCCACUCCAUGGAUGGAGCGGUGUGCCCUCUGGAUGAGUUGUGUGAUGUGGCCCAUGAGUUUGGCGCCAUCACGUUUGUAGACGAGGUGCACGCGGUGGGGCUGUACGGCGCUAGGGGAGGAGGUAUCGGGGACCGAGACGGCAUCAUGCACAAGAUGGACAUCAUCUCUGGAACACUGGGCAAGGCGUUUGGCUGUGUUGGAGGCUACAUCGCCAGUACCGAUGCCCUGGAUGGAACACGGUUGCAGAAGCUGGUUCAGACGUGGAAGGAGUCGGGUCUACCGCUGAAGCCCCAUUCUUCAGCAGAGUGUAACUUCUGCCGGCAGCCGCUGCACUUUGAGCUGAUGACGGAGAGAGAACAGUCCUACUUCAGAGGCCUGAGAGCGGUGUGCCCUCUGGAUGAGUUGUGUGAUGUGGCCCAUGAGUUUGGAGCCAUCACGUUUGUAGACGCGGUGCAAGCGGUGGGGCUGAACCCCAUCUUUGUUUAUCUGAAACCCUGA